UUUUUGCCUAUAAUGCCAAUCGAGUUGAGUGCAGAAAAAAGAAAGCACAGACAAAACGUUUCAUGCGAGUAUCACAAUAAUUAUUAACACAAACAAACGAUUAUCGUUAACAAUUUUCUUUUACUUUCGGUUCAAUAUUUAUUCUAUACGUUAAUUAAUAACGAUCUGUCCCAGUACUAAUACAAUAAAUAUUUAUACUCACGUGGAAUCAUCUGAAUUUACUUUGAUAGAAAGAACCAAUUGUUUUGCAAAUAUGCUAUCAUUUAAAGCAAUACGGCACUAUCCAAGGAUUCCAAAUAUGAUAAAAGCAGAAAUGUUCGAUAAUUAUAAACAAGCAAUCCACAGAAUCGCAAAGCUACAUAUUGCGAAUCUUGACAUCUCCAUGAAAAGAACAAGGCUUGCUGCGAAAAAAAAUGUCUUGCGUGAGACUGUUAGUGCUGCAGGAGAAACGAACGUUUUUAACAGAGAAACUCAAUCAACAUCUGCAGACAAUGUUUUACCGUCAUCAAAAUCAUCAGAAUCUUCGACUGAACCAUCGAGACUUAGAACCAGAUUGAAGCUGGAAAAUCUAACUGUGGAAAAAACAACAAUCAGUACCGAUACAUCUGUUAAUGAGAAAAAAAGCACAAAAUACUUACAGGAUAAGAAGAAGUUAAGAGGAGUAGUUGAUUUAGAAAUGAUGAAGAAUGAAUUAAAGCAAUUGGAGGAUCCUCCUGCUACACCUAUAGAGAUAGAACUGUCUUCGACUAGACUAUCAUAUGACUUUUUUGAUGUACCUUGUGAAACUCUGGCACAGAACAUGCUGGGAAAAAUACUUGUUCGCCAGCUGGAUAAUGGGACAAUUUUAAAAGGCAGAAUUGUGGAAACUGAAAGUUACCUUGGAGUUGUAGAUAAAGCAUCGCAUACGUAUCAACAUCGUAUUACACCUCGAAAUGCUCCUAUGUAUAUGCCUCCAGGCACUAUUUAUGUUUAUCUCACGUAUGGCAUGUAUCACUGUUUCAAUGUCUCUAGUCAAGAGUCAGGUGCAUAUGUAACAAUCAGAGCUUUGGAGCCAACAGUAGGUCUGGAAUACAUGGAGUUGUUAAGAAACAUUUGUGUAAUAGAAGGCCGAAAGGAAAAGAAAAUGAUAAAUAAUAUAAAAUCCCUAGAAUCACAUGAACUGUGCAAUGGUCCAUCUGAAAUUUGCACUGCCCUCGAUAUAGAUGAUGAAACUUUCCGUGAUGCAAAUAUUGUCACAUGUCAUGGACUAUGGAUAGAAAAUAAUUCUAGUGUAGAAAAACUUAACAUCGUAGCUACACCACAAAUUGAAAAUGAGCCUUCUAAAUUUAAAAAACCCUCAAAACAGUUGUUACGAUUCUAUAUAUUAGGAAAUUCUUGUAUCAGUCAGAGGAAUGUACUGUAUGAGAAGGAUGCUUGUGCUACAUAGAGAAACUACAACACUCUACACUUCCCUUUAUCAUAAUCUCCUGGAGAAAAUCUGCUGAAAUUUUAGGUGACGGUUGUGCCGUUCUUUUAAGAGCCGUGGAUCCUAUUCAGGGCACGGAGCACAUGGAAAAAUUUCGCAGCUCAAGAUCAAAGUCGAAAGAGCCACGAAAAUCUGUCAAACAAUUAAAACCGCAUGAAUUGUGCAAC